AUGAAAGAUGUGCAGUUAAUUACAACAUCCAAUCUUGAUUUGUGGGCAAAUACUGCUUUUCGAAUAUCAAUUAUAAAUGAUCGAGGGGAACGGAACGAUAUUAUUUGUGUACCGCAGCUGAUCGCAUUGAUCGCUUUCCUUUGCGAGGUUGCUGAGCAUCAAAGUCGUUUAUCAUUAUCAGAAUUUCUUCAUUUAAACGGCACAGCCACAUUACCGCAUCAAAUGAUACGUCUGGCAGAAUAUAUUCGAAACUGGGAAUUAUUUAUUGAAGCUGCUGUUAAGCCUGGUAGUUUCAACUGGAAUCGUCGUUUGUUAAUACAUCCAUUACAUACCAAAAGUUACGGUUUCGAAACAUUUAUGGCAUUAAAGUAUCUCGGGAUUGAGCUCAAAAUCUACGAUGAGAAAACAGGGCGUGCGGAAUUAGUAGCAUGGCUUCGCAGAACAUGCAAAAGUGAAGGAGGAGAAGCACAUUGUCCAAUUUUUUUGUGGAAAAAAGCGGAAACAAAAACAUCGGACGUUCAAGAAUUGAACAACCAGAAAUGUCCAAUACUCAUUCUUGCAUCACAUUUUUACAUUCCAAUGUCCACUAAUAUUCUUGAUACACAUAAUAUUUUUUACAUAACAUUUAAGGGUAAAAACCUGAAAGAAGUGCUAGCUUGUCGAUACUCGUGCCACGAUUUGCUACCAUUUCGUUGUCUUCAAAUUCAGAAAAGCUUGCUGAUCACAUUGCCUACAUAUUCUGAUGACAUUGCUGCAUACUGCAUAUCAAAUGCCGAUGACUCAGAUAUGGCGAAAGAUCCUGAUUCACUAGUAACUAUGAUAACAUUUAUGAGAAGUGGCACGGAAACGGAAUCUGUCAGAAUCCUUCACGAGCUAUACGUUCCUCUCUUUCACGGAUUACCUAACAAAACAACUAAUCUUGCUGAUGCGCUGUGUAAAACGGUACCACACAUCGACAAGUUAUUCCAGCCUGAUGGAUUCGGUGAUUUGGGAACAUUAGGACACGAACCAUCCUAUAUUAUUGGGCCACGGUUAACCACAAGUAUACAAAAUAUCGAUCGUCUAGAAGUUAUGCAUACCCCUGGUCCUGAUGAAAUCGAGGUGGUAAAGCGAAUCCCAUCAACUGUUGACAAAAUGUCCAUUCUUGACAUGCCCUUCCUGGUCAUUAUUUGGGACAACAGCAGAAACGUACCUCUAUAUAUUGCACGCAUUGCUGAUCCCGUAGCAAAGACUACAAAUAUGCAUGUUGAUGCUACUGAAGAAUUAGUGCCAUCUGAUUAUUCUGGAAAAUUCUUCUGGAAAUUAUUGAAUCCAAUGCGCUACGCAUUUAGGCUAGGCAAUAAUACAAAGAAUUUGGAUGGACAGUAA